GCAUUCGGGAUGUCGGAUCGCGCGACACGCAUACCCACCAACAAUUACCGCCUAUGACGGUGCAAAAUUUUCGCGACUAGCUCACUCGAUAACGGGCGGCUGAGGUAGCGGUAGGGGUACAAUUUGGAGUCUAAAAACUAGACAAUCCGUGCGCACACGCCCCACUCGCUGGCGAUCAGUCGUAGUGAGCGGUGCUCCUAAACAGUGCUUUUCCUUCUGCUUCGAAGCUUCAUAAGUCUUCUCGCGGUAUCCCAGUGUGCAUUCUUGUAUUGAGUUUCCAUCUACAACUACCUUUUGCAUUGAUCGUAGCAAUCUGGAACAGGUUUCUAGUCCCUGAAGUGCUUCUCGUAUUGAAACUCCAACGUCCUUCAAGAAUCAUUUGCAAAGUGUUGUGAAAUUGAUUGUGCUGUUUCAACAAUUAAACGAAAACGCCGCAGUCAUGGAGCUGACCGCCGCAGUCAUUUUCUCCAUUAACGGAGAGCCUUAUCACAUCAACGCAAAGAGUGUUCCUGUGGAUACUUCUUUGAAUAAUUUUAUCCGGAAUUUCGCAAACUUGACCGGCACGAAGUAUAUGUGCCUCGAAGGCGGAUGUGGGGCGUGUGUAGUGAACGUGAGUGGCGUUCAUCCUAAUACCGGUGAUGUCUUCUCCUACGCUGUCAAUUCUUGUUUGUUCCCAGUGUUCGCCUGUCAUGGAAUGGAUGUUACGACGGUCGAGGGAAUCGGUAACAAGCAAAACGGAUACCAUGCCACUCAGAAGUUGUUGGCCCAUUUCAAUGGGACGCAAUGUGGUUACUGCUCACCGGGUAUGGUCAUGAACAUGUACAGCCUGCUCGAGGCCAAACAAGGUAAGGUCACAAUGGAAGAGAUCGAGAACUCCUUUGGCGGUAACAUCUGUCGCUGUACCGGCUAUCGGCCGAUCUUGGAUGCGUUCAAGUCGAUGGCCGUCGAUGCUGACCAGAAGCUUAAGUCCAAGUGUCAGGAUAUUGAGGAUCUUACCAAGAUAUGCCCCAAGACGGGAUCUGCUUGUGCCGGUAAGUGUUCUGCCGCUGGUAAACCGAAUCAGCGCAAGGGACUCCAUCUGAGCUUCGAGCAGGAUCGCGAGUGGCAUAAGGUAUACGAUAUCAGUGACAUCUUUGCCAUCUUCGAGAGCAUCGGCGAUCGGCCUUAUACCCUUGUUGGCGGUAACACCGCCCAUGGGGUGUACCGACGAAGCGAGGACUUGGAGGUAUUCAUCGAUGUCAACGCAAUCGAGGUGCUGCGAAGUCAUUCGUUGGGCACUUCAUUGACCAUCGGUGCAGGAACUAGUCUAACGGAGCUUAUGGAGUUGAUGACGAGUACGGCGAAGCGAAAUCCGAGCUACUCCUACCUGGAGCACUUGGUUCGUCACGUCGACCUGAUUGCCAACGUGCCCGUACGGAACACUGGUACGAUUGCUGGUAACCUAAGCAUCAAGAACCAGCAUAACGAGUUCCCCUCGGAUUUGUACUUGAUUCUGGAGGCCGCUGAUGCUACGUUGACUAUCCUGGAGGCGCAUGGUAAAACCACCGUUGUUAAGCCAUCAGAAUACGUUACAAUGAGCAUGGCGAAGAAAGUUCUGCUCAACGUUGUGCUUCCGCCGCUCGAUCCGAAGCAGUACGUUUAUCGAUCGUUCAAGGUUAUGCCUCGAGCUCAGAACGCACAUGCGUAUGUCAACGGAGCAUUCUUGGUGAAGACCGAGGGCUCCAGCAUCGUUUCGAGUAAUAUUUGCUUUGGUGGCAUCAAUCCUCAAUUCACGCACGCAACCAAAACCGAAGCCUUUCUGAAGGGUCGCCAGCUGCUUACCAACGACACUGUACAGGGUGCAUUGAAGGUUCUUGCUCAGGAGUUGAGUCCCGACUGGGUCCUACCGGAUGCAUCGCCUGAGUAUAGGAAAAACCUGGCCUUAUCGUUGUUCUACAAGUUUGUGCUCAGCGUUGCCCCCGAGUCGGUCAAAGACCAAUUCAAGUCUGGAGCUGCUGUUCUCGAGCGUCCUCUGUCGUCGGGAUCCCAAAAGUUCGAUACAAUCAAGGAGAACUGGCCGCUUAACAAGGAUAUUCCGAAAAUCGAAGGCUUGCUGCAAACAUCCGGCGAAGCCAAGUACGUCAACGAUUUACCGGCAUACCCCAAUGAGCUGUACGCAGCGUUUGUGCAAGGAACUGAGGCCCAUGCAAAGAUACUCGCCAUUGAUUCAUCUGAUGCUAUGAAACUUCCAGGUGUAGUAGCAUUCUACACGGCGAAAGACAUCCCUGGAGAGAACAACUUCAUGUACUUCAAGGGAUUCAUGGGACCCCACGAUGAGGAGAUUUUUGCUAGCGAGAAAGCACUCUAUCACGGUCAACCAAUCGGUCUCAUAGUGGCCGAUACCUUCAACCAAGCUAAUCGUGCCGCCAAGCUGGUCAAGGUUCAGUACGGCAAACCGGAAAAGGUGCGCUAUCCAACCGUCAAAGAUGUGCUGCAUGCAAAGGCAACCGACCGUCUACACGAUAUGCCAUACAGCACGUUGGGCGAAGAGUUCGAAGCUGCACCGGAAGGUGAGGUGAAGGUGAAGGGACGUUUCGAGAUCGGUGGCCAAUAUCACUAUACCAUGGAGACGCAAACUUGUGUGUGCGUACCGAUUGAGGACGGAUUGGACGUGCAUGCAGCCACUCAAUGGAUCGACUUUACGCAGAUUGCUAUCUCCAAAAUGUUGAAGGUACCAGAGAACAGUCUCAAUCUGUAUGUGCGUCGUCUGGGUGGUGGCUACGGUAGCAAGGGCACCAGAGCUACGCUGAUUGCGUGUGCAUGUGCCCUAGCCGCACACAAGACUCAGCGCCCUGUGCGUCUAGUGAUGACUCUGGAAGCCAACAUGGAGGCCAUCGGGAAACGGUAUGGCGUUGUAUCGGACUACGAAGUCCAUGUGCAGAAGGAUGGUAAAAUCACUAAGCUUUUCAACGAGUACGUUCACGAUAGUGGCUCCUGUCUGAAUGAGUCAAUGGGUCAUUGCGCUGAAUUCUUCAAAAAUUGUUAUGAGCACAAAGCGUGGAAAACUGUCGCGAAGGCAGCAGUCACCGAAUCGGCCAGCAAUACGUGGUGCCGUGCACCGGGAACGACAGAGGGGAUUGCGAUGAUUGAAACAAUUAUGGAACACGUGGCGUGGGCAACGGGAAUGGACCCGCUCGAGAUUCGGCUUGCCAACAUGACCCAGGAUAGCAAAAUGCGCGAGCUGAUGCCCCAGUUCCGGCAGGACGUUGAGUAUGAUGAGCGGCGCAAGGCGAUCGAGCAGUUCAACCGCGAGAAUCGCUGGCGUAAGCGUGGACUUGCUAUCACUCCAAUGCGCUAUCCUCUCGGCUACUUCGGUUCGAUUCAUGCCCUGGUGUCGGUCUACCAUACGGACGGAACGGUCGUUAUCACGCACGGUGGGAUUGAAAUGGGACAGGGCAUGAAUACAAAAGUUGCGCAGGUGGCCGCCCGCACACUUGGCAUUCCGAUGGAGAAGAUUAGCAUCAAACCAUCCACUAAUAUGACGUCCCCGAAUGCUAUCUGCACGGGUGGGAGCAUGACCAGCGAAACGGUUGCUUUUGCUGUCAUGAAGGCGUGCCAGAUUUUGCUGGAGCGUAUGAAACCAAUCCGAGAGGAGAUGAAGGACGCCUCCUGGGAGACGAUCGUUGAGAACAGCUAUUACAAGAACGUGGAUCUGUGCGCCACCUACAUGUACAAGGCGUCCGAUCUGGAACCCUACAUCAUUUGGGGUCUCACUUGCGUUGAGCUGGAAAUCGAUGUGUUAACCGGGAAUGUGCAGCUGCGCCGCGUCGACAUCCUGGAGGAUACGGGCGAAAGUCUUAGCCCUGGUAUUGACGUCGGUCAGGUGGAAGGUGCGUUCGUGAUGGGCAUUGGUUACUACCUUACGGAGGCGCUCGUCUACGAUCCGGAAACGGGUGCCCUGCUUUCGAACCGUACGUGGACGUAUAAGGUUCCAACGGCGCGUGACGUCCCUAUCGAUUUCCGGGUGCAGUUCCUGCACAACAGUAGCAAUCCGGCGGGAGUGCUGCGCUCGAAGGCCACGGGAGAGCCGGCCAUGAACAUGACCAUCGCCGUGUUGUGUGCGCUUCGCAAUGCCGUUCAGGCGGCCAGAAAAGCUGCUGGUUUGCCCGAUGAUUGGGUGCAGCUGGGUGCACCAUCCACGCCUGAUCAGGUGUAUUUGAAGGCGGGCAACUCCGCUGAGCAUUACUUGCUCAACUGAAGGGAGGCGUCUUUUCAAAUUUCUAAAUGUUUUAAAAACAAGUUAGCUAUAGUGUAGUAAAGAUUUAUUCCAUUAAUUUCCGUGUCUGAAUUCCAUACAGAUAUAAUAUACAUAUCUACCUAACGCUGUGCAACUAGCGUUCAUUUACUGGAUUCAAUCUAUUCAGAAAGCACUUGGCUUCGGCAAAGAUACCAACUACCUCGCAUUAACUUUUCCAAGUUUUGGUGAUUAUACUGGGUAUGAUAUAUUUACCCUUGACUUGUUUGAAAUGAUUUUGAGUCAGUUUUUACAGUUUCACUACAAAUAAAAUGAUACAGUUAUGGUUUAAUGAUUCGCAAGACAUACGAUCAAUCCACAUACGAUAUUCAAUAGCGCGAAACACAUUAUUUCCUUUUCGCUUGUAAUAAUUUUCUGGUUUUGAAU